GUGUAACAAACCCCACCAGCACUCGAUAAUCUUGGCAAGGUAUCACUGUUGGCUUAUCCAGAAAUGUUUUGUUACAUUUUGCAUGCCUUCCCUAAGGUUUGGGAAUUUAGUGAGGAAGUGCGCAUGCAAUCGCCAUGCUAAAGCCUGAAAGGUUCUUGACCGUUGCGCGAUCCACAACUACCAUCGUGCAACGGAUAAAACACUGACUGGAUGGGAGCAAAUAAUCGUCCCAAACUUAUCGCACGGUUAAAAUAUGUUUUACACGAGCUGCACUGUCUUCGUAAAGUUUAAGUCGUGGGUUGCAUUCCAAAAGGUUUUAAGAACGCAAAUCCGACUACUCACGCUUCCUAACUUGAACCUUAUGAGAAUGAAAGUGGUGAGCAUCAAGAGAUCACGUGCGUCCAUCUUUUGUUAACAUUUUUGUAUUGCAGUUGGCCAACGGCCCGACGCAAACCAAAGCUUCAUAGUAAAAAGGCAGGCAUACCAUGCAUCAGUAUAACUGGUGUUCUAACGUGCGUGUACUUCAACACCUAGCCUAAAAUGUAGUCCAUCGUAACACGUAAGAACUGAACUAGCUAAUUCCAAAAAGCAAAUGUCACAUUGAGCCGCCGCGCGAAGCUUUGCUAAGCGCGAGCAGAGAUCGGCAGACAUGACGCUCCCCAUUAAAAGGGAGUCGACUGUGACCAGCGUGGCUCCGGACAAGAGCCACUCGCGGGCCUCGACAAUAGAUAUACAUUCGACUUCAAGCACGCCAGCGCCCCAGAAUGCGACGUCAAGGACAGCCAGCGUUGCUGCUGCUCAGUCUGGUUCAAACGCCAUGGUGCUCCCUGCGAACAGGUCCAGAAUGCAGAGUCUUUGUGUCGAAACAUCUGCGAUGGCCAAUGCACUUUCCGCAGCUUCGUCAUCAGCUGUCGGCAAAUGUCGAGCGAUCAGCGUCGGAGGACCGGCCCGGAACCGGUCCAUGUCCCUGGCACAAGCCCAGGAGAGUGCCAAAGAAAAGCAGCUGCGUGCCAAGGAGGCUAGAGAAGAUAGAAAGUCGAGACUGGAUCUUACGCAUCGGCACAUCAUCGAGGUAAACGCGAUGCUGCUCGGCUUGCAGGAAAUCCAAGUUGAAGAGCAUAUUUUGGACUGUGUUGACAGCGUAGACAUAAUCGACGAACUGUUCGCCAAGAACGGCAGCAAGGUGUUGAUGAUGUACUACCAGGACGCCGAUCCGCCCGGGCCCGAGGCGGGCCGUCUGAUCAGUGCAGCAACGAGAGGCACCACCGUGAAGCGGAUCAUCAUUGCCAACGAAACCAACCAACCCGCACAGGGUAUCUGCGUCUUCUUCUGCAGAGACAAGAAUGACACAGCAAUCACCAUGAAGAACCUUGGGGACGAGCUGAGGUUUGGAAGCUUCCGUAUUACUCAAGACAACGGAGAAUUCGAAGGAAGCGUACUCACCGGACUACAACACUAUCUGGGAGCCGUAUACAACCCUGUGCUACGGGCGUUGAAGAACUGGGGGCAAAUAGAAGACAACUCACACCACAUCAAGGAAUUUAUUACCAACAUGUCCGGGCUAGAAACGUUUUUGGAAGCCGUUCAGACUAAUCUGAAUAACCGCGUGGUUCUCAAGCAAAACGACGAGCUAGCUGAGCACUUGGCGACGCCUAAGGAGGUGAUCGCCACCGCCGGCAAUCCAGAGCUCGUGGAGCAGGCCGAGGAGUUGGUCCUCUCCUGGUGCAAACAAAUGGAGACGGUUCUGGUACAGAGCGAGCAGAUGCGGAAGGAAGGGGACGACACCGGCCCACUGGCUGAGCUGGAGCACUGGCGGCAUCUCACGACCAAGUUCAACGACAUGGUGGAGCAAAUCAAAUCGAAACCUGUGCAAAUGGUGCUUCAAGUGCUCAUCCAAUCCAAGUCUAAAGUGUUCAAAACCUGGAGAGACAUUGACAUGCGAGUAACUGACGCGGCCAACGAGUCCAGGGAUAACCUCAAGUUCCUGCACUCAUUGGAGAAGUUUUGUCGCCCGUUGUACGCGUCCAACCCGACCAAUAUGAGGGAAGCUCUGCCUAGCCUGAUCGGAGCCAUCCGACUGAUCAACACCAUAUCGAGGUACUACAAUACAUCCGAGCGCAUGACUUCACUCUUCGUCAAGGUUACCAAUCAAAUGGUCAAUUCGUGUAAGAGCUACAUCACAGACGACGGCACCAGUGAUAUCUGGGAGCAGCCAUACAAGCCUCUGGUCCAAAAGCUGAGGGUAUGCAUCAACCUUUACCGAGACUACCAAGCCUUCUUCCACAAAACAAAGCACCGUAUCCAAACUACACCUGACGAAAAGCCAUUCGAGUUCUCCGAAAUGUAUAUCUUUGGUAAAUUCGAGGCGUUCUGUAAGCGGCUGGAGAAGAUCAUCAAUAUUCUGGACACAGUGGAGCGCCUCACAGUUCUCACAAAGAGCAGGAUUGAAGGCAUAGAAGUGCACGGGAAAAAAUUCACCGAGGCCUUCAAUACCAUCAAGAAGAAGACAUAUGACUUCCUAGAUCCCCGCAAGCUGGAUUUCGAUCAGGAUUACGAAGUGUUCCAGAACCAAAUAUUUCAGCUAGAAAAAGCCCUGCAGGCAUUCAUGGACAAAAGCUUCAACAGUAUCAGCUCGGCGUCUGAUGCCUUGAGACUGAUGCAUCGCUUUGAGCUCUUGAAACUGGACUGUCUGGAGCUAGGAGACAAGUACGCAGUGAUCAUAGAAAAGUUCACGCAGGAAAUCCGCACCCUUCGCCUGCUCUACGACGCGAACAAAGACGAUCCCGUCCUAAGUCACAACAUGCCGCCAGUAGCCGGAAAAAUAGCCUGGGCCAGAAACCUGUACCGCCGCAUGCGUGAGAUCAUGGAGUUCCUGCGCGCGAAGCACCCCGACACGUUGGAAGCGCCCGAGGCACGUUCAACCAUACGUCAGUAUAAUCAGCUGUCUAAGUGCCUUAUCAGGUACGAGAUCCUCUACCACGAGGCUUGGACGAAGUCAGUAGACGAGGUGAGAAACGGGCUGAUGGCACCCAUCCUGGUGCGGCACCCCAAGACCAAAGAGCUGAUCCCCAACUACGACCCGCUGAUCCCGCUGACGAUACGGGAGGCGGAUUGCAUGCGCAAGAUGGGCCUCAAAAUACCCGUCACCGCCAACGUGCUCAGCUUCCGUAAGGAGAGGAUCUUCGAUGCGCUGCAGGGCGUGCAAGACAUUCUGGAGCGGAGCCAGAGGGUCAACGCAAAGAUCCCGGAGCUGUUUGCGCCCAUGCUGUCGGUACUGAUGCACAAGGUGGACAAGGUGAUGCAGCCAGGUCUGAUAAGCCUGACAUGGACUUCGCUCACGCUGCCCGAGUACUUUGAGUCCGUACACGGCGCCAUCGAUGAACUGGAGCUGAUGAUCACGCGGCUGACAGACAUCAAGGAGCAGCGCAUCGACUCCGUGCUGGACACCAUCGCCGGUACCCUGCUGGUGGACCUGCCGGUGCAGGAGCCGUACACCACCGGCGAGUUUCUCAGCAAGCUCGCCGCGCACAGUGAACGCGCCUCGGGAUCGCUCGACUUCCUCUCGUUCAAGGUGGAGCACGCGGUGUACGAGCUGGUGGACAUCUUCCUGCAGAACGCCGACGUGGGCGACGCCGAGCCGCCGAGCCGCGAGGUCUGGCAGGAGUACAUGAGCCUGGCGGCGCGGCGUGAGGCCGAGCGAGACGAGCAGAAACGCAAGUCGAUCGCGCUAGGUGAGGACCAAAUGCCGUCCGAACUCAGCCUCAUGAACCUGGACUCACGGGUAGAGGCGCUGUACGAGACAUGUCGUGACCUCUACACGUUCUUCAACACCAAGAACUCGGAGGCGUUGGUGCGCGCCACAAAGUACUCGCUGGAUGCCAUCAAGAAGAGGGUGUUCCUGCCGACCCGGUCGAUGCUGGUGUCGCGUGACGACGAGGACACCGAGGAGCUGGCGCCCACGCCCCCCUUCCUGCUCACUGACAUCAUCCUGGCCAUCCCCAACAUCGUGCUCAGCCCCAGCAUGGACGACGUGCAGACGGUGAUCAACAAAGCGGCGCAGAUGGUGCUGGAGGUGAACCGUGGCAUUGCGCUCUGGGGCCAGCAGCGUUCUUUCAGCCAACUCAAGAUCAGCACCGAGCUGGACGCGGCGGCCAAGGAGGAGGAGGAAGCAUCCGAGCCGGCCGCUCCCGCGGCACCCUCCGAGGAGACCGAGCCGCAGAAACCGACAGAGAUCCCCCGCGUCAAGCUCCACACGUACUACCGGUCCGUGCGUGAGCACAAGGACACCGGACGCAUGGUGAUGAUGCUGCAGACCGCGCUGUCCGCCAUGAAGCAGGAGAUCAACAAUGUCGUGCAGAAUUUCCAGGUGUACAGCUUCCUCUGGGAGAAGGACCGCAACCAAGCGGUGGAGGAGUUCAUGGAGACGCAGCCCAGUCUGACCAUGUACCGGGCCGAGAUAUCGAAGUGCCGCGACCUGCGGGACGAGGUGGCCGCGCUGGACGAUGCCCACCGCGUCGGCCCGCUGCAGCUCUCCACCGAGCCGCUCAAAAUGUCGCUGACGGUCGAGAUCGACGCAUGGACGCGCGCCUACGCCAGCCAGCUGCACCAGGAGUACAGCAUCAAGCUGGACGACGUGACGGAAUUCUUCAAGGAAAACUCGCAUCAGCUGGCGAAGCCCAUCAAGGACCUCGAUGACGUCCGAAACGCCAUGGAGUGCUUGAAAACGGUGCGGGAGAGACAGAUCGAGAUCGACAUGCUGCUCGGGCCCGUCGAGGAAGCGUACGCGCUGUUCAACAAGUUCGAGAUUCCGAUUCCAAAGGAGGAAGCCGAGAAGGUGGACGGUCUCCGUUAUGCCUUCGAGAAACUCAUACAGCAAUCGAUCGCAGUUCAAGACUACCUCAGCAGCGUCCAGGACAGCAAGCAGAAUGACCUAACAACGUCCAUUGAAGUGUUUAAAACGGACCUGGCUGAAUUCAACGAACAGUACGAAUAUGCUGGGCCGAUGGAAGUAGGUAUCCCAGCCCAGGAGGCCAGCGAUCGGUUGGCGCUUUUCCAGUCACGUUUCGACGACCUUUGGCACAAGUUUCAGGUGUACACGGCCGGUGAGCGGCUGUUCGGCAUGCCCGAAUCCGACUACCCAAGUCUACACGUCACCAAGAAGGAGCUCAACCUGCUACAGAAGCUGUACGGCCUAUACAACGAGGUGAUGAAGAGUGUCAACGGCUACUACGACACGGCCUGGCCCGACAUCGACAUUGAGCAGAUCAACGCCGAGCUGAUCGACUUCCAGAACCGCUGCCGCAAGAUGCCCAAGGCCCUGCAGACCUGGCCAGCCUACACUGACCUCAAAAAGCGCAUUGACGACUUCAACGAGACCUGCCCGCUACUAGAAAUGAUGGCUAACAAGUCAAUGAUGGAGCGACACUGGGACAACAUCGCUAAGCUAACGAACUGCACCUUCGAACCUGAGUCUGACAGCUUCAUGCUCCGAAAUGUCAUGGAGGCGCCGCUACUGGAGUUCAAGGACGACAUCGAGGACAUCUGCAUUGGAGCCACUAAGGAGAAGGAUAUUGAGUCCAAGCUGAAGGGGGUCAUAGCCGAAUGGGCGCUACAUGAUCUGGCUUGUGCUCAGUUCAAGAACCGCGGAGAGCUCCUGCUGAAGGGACAAGAGACUGCCGAGAUCAUAGCUUUGAUGGAAGACUCAUUGAUGAUCUUGGGAUCACUGCUUAGUAACCGUUACAACGCGCCAUACAAGAAGCAAAUUCAGUUGUGGGUGCAGAAUCUGAGCAACACCAGCGAGAUCUUGGACAACUGGAUGACUGUUCAGAACCUAUGGGUGUACCUGGAGGCCGUGUUCGUGGGCGGUGACAUCGCCAAACAGCUUCCGAAGGAGGCCAAACGGUUCCAGACCAUCGACAAAUCGUGGGUAAGGAUCAUGACCCGCGCACACGACAUCACCAACGCUGUCGACUGUUGCGUCGGUGAUGAAACUCUCGGUCAACUCCUCCCACACCUGCUUGAGCAGCUGGAGGUUUGUCAGAAGUCCCUCACAGGGUACUUGGAAGGCAAACGUCUCGUGUUCCCCCGCUUCUUCUUCAUUUCGGAUCCUUCCCUGUUGGAGAUCCUUGGCCAGGCAUCCGACCCCCACACCAUCCAGGCGCAUCUGCUCGGGAUCUUCGAGAACGUGGCGACGGUCGAGUUCCACGCAAAAGACUACGACAGGAUCGUGGCUGUGCUGUCAAGAGAGAAGGAGCGAGUGGAGCUUGAGAAGACCGUCAAGUGCGAGGGUAAUGUGGAGGUGUGGCUAGGUCAGUUGCUAAAAGAACAGCAGAGUUCGCUGCACGGCGUCAUCCGCGAAGCCUAUCAGCAAAUCAUGGACCCCGACUUUGAGAUCAUGACGUUCCUGAGCACCUUCCCGGCUCAGGUGGGACUGCUGGGUCUCCAGAUCAUCUGGACUCGAGACGCAGAGGUGGCUCUCAAUAAUGCCAAGUUUGACCGCGACAUCAUGCCAGACACUAACAAAAUGUUCCUCACCAUUUUGAACCGGUUGAUCGACAUGACCACACAAGAGCUGACCAAGUUUGAGAGGGUGAAAUACGAGACCCUCAUCACUAUCCACGUCCAUCAGCGAGACAUAUUCGACGGUAUGGUGAAGAUGCACGUGAAAACUGUUAACGACUUCGAAUGGGCCAAGCAGUCGCGCUUCUACUUCGAAGAUGACGAGGACGUGUGUCUGGUCAAAAUUACGGACAUCGACUUUAUCUACCAGAACGAGUUCCUGGGCUGCACCGACCGUCUCGUCAUCACGCCACUGACCGACAGAUGUUACAUCACCAUCGCACAGGCGGUGGGCAUGUCCAUGGGGUCUGCUCCCGCCGGCCCGGCCGGCACGGGUAAGACAGAGACAACCAAAGACAUGGGCAAAGCUCUUGGAAAGUACGUCGUGGUGUUCAAUUGUUCCGACCAGAUGGACUUCCGGGGACUGGGACGCAUCUACAAGGGUCUCGCCCAGUCCGGCUCCUGGGGAUGUUUCGACGAGUUCAAUCGCAUCGAGCUGCCCGUCCUGUCCGUGGCCGCGCAGCAGAUCCACAUCGUCUUCAAUGCAAGAAAGGAGCGCAAGACCAGCUUCAUUUUCAGCGACGGCGACAACGUGUCACUGAAUCCUGAGUUCACCAUUAUCAUCACAAUGAACCCGGGUUAUGCCGGCCGGCAGGAGCUGCCUGAAAACCUGAAGAUCCAGUUCCGCACAGUCGCCAUGAUGGUGCCUGAUCGGCAGAUCAUCAUGCGCGUCAAGCUCGCCAGCUGCGGCUUCCGCGAAAACAUCAACCUGGCGCGCAAGUUCUUCGUGCUGUACAAGCUGUGCGAAGAGCAGCUCAGCAAGCAGGUGCAUUACGACUUCGGGUUGCGAAACAUCCUGUCCGUGCUGCGCACGCUCGGCUCGCAGAAGCGGUCACGUCCAGACGAACCCGAGGAGAUGGUGGUGAUGCGCGUCCUGCGCGACAUGAACGUCUCCAAGCUGGUGGACGAGGACGAGCCGCUCUUCCUCUCGCUCAUCACCGAUCUGUUCCCCGGCAUGCAGCUGGAGAAGGUGGUGCGCGCCGAGCUGAUGACCGCCAUCGCCAACCAGGUGCAGCUGGCAGGCAUGGUCAACCACCCGCAGUGGAACCUGAAGCUGAUCCAGCUGUACGAGACGUCGCUGGUCCGACACGGUCUGAUGACGCUGGGGCCGACAGGCGCCGGCAAGACCGCCUGUAUCCACAUGCUCAUGAAGGCCAUGACCGAGACGGGCGCCCCGCACAAGGAGAUGCGCAUGAACCCGAAGGCGAUCACGGCGCCGCAGAUGUUCGGCCGGCUCGACGUGGCCACCAAUGACUGGACGGACGGCAUCUUCUCCACGCUCUGGCGCCGCUCGCACAAGGUGAAGAAAGGCGAGAACAUCUGGCUGGUGUUGGACGGCCCUGUGGACGCCGUCUGGAUCGAGAACCUUAACUCGGUGCUGGACGAUAACAAGACGCUGACACUGGCCAACGGCGAUCGCAUCACCAUGGCGCCCACCUGCAAGCUGCUGUUUGAGCCCGACAAUGUCGACAACGCGUCGCCGGCCACCAUUUCGCGCAUGGGCAUGGUUUUUAUGAGCGCGUCCGUGCUCGGAUGGAAGCCGAUUCUGAAGGGCUGGUUGAAUACUCGCCAGCAGGCCGAGGCCGAAAUUCUCUGGGGCUUCUACGACGCCAUCUUCGACGACCUUCUGAACUACGUGCGCCAAGAACUGCUGCCCAAGAUGUUCACGCAGGAGGCCAACUACACGACGCAGUCGACUGACCUGUUGACUGGGCUCAUCAUGGAACAGGAGGACAAGGACAAGUCGAGUCCGCUACCCGCCGAGGAGUUGCAGCGACUCUUCCUCUUCUCGGUCAUGUGGAGCCUGGGAGCGCUGCUCGAGCUCGACAUGCGGGCCAAGAUGGAGGAGUUUGCGCGCAGUCACCCGUCCGAGCUCGACUGGCCCGUCUGCGCUGAGGACGAGACCAUUUUCGAGUUCAGAGUUAACCCCAAGGGUGAGUGGGAGCACUGGCGCAACUACGUCAGUGAGUAUGAGUACCCAACAGACUCGGUGCCAGAGUUUUCCAGCAUUCUGGUGCCAAAUGUGGACAACGUGCGAACCAGCUUCCUCAUGAACACCAUCACCAAGCAGAAUAAGUGUGCACUGCUGAUUGGUGAGCCAGGUACAGCAAAAACCGUCAUGAUCAAGUCAGCGCUGAACAGUCUAAACCCCGAGGAGCACCUGUUCAAGUGCAUAAACUUCUCCUCGGCCACCACGCCCAUGAUGUACCAGCGGACAAUUGAGAGCUACGUGGACAAGCGAAUGGGCACGACGUACGGUCCUCCCAGCGGUCGCAAAAUGACUGUCUUCAUCGACGACAUCAACAUGCCGGACAUCAACGAGUGGGGAGAUCAAGUGUGUAAUGAGAUCGUUCGCCAGCUGAUGGAGCAGAAAGGCUUCUACUCGCUGGAGAAGCCAGGUGACUUCACACACGUUGUGGACACGCAGUUUCUGGCUGCCAUGAUCCAUCCCGGCGGUGGGAGGAACGACAUCCCACCGCGGCUCAAGCGACGAUUCGCCAUUUUCAACUGCACCCUGCCGUCCGUCAACUCCAUGGACCAAGUGUUCCGGGUCAUCAGCACUGGAUACUUCAGCCCGUCCCGCUUCCCAGAAAACAUCGUGGAGUUCAUUCCCAGUAUCGUGCCUAUGACGAGAAAGGUGUGGCAGAUGACGAAGGUGAAAAUGCUGCCCACGCCAGCCAAGUUCCACUACGUCUUCAACCUCCGGGAUCUAUCGCGAAUAUACGAGGGAAUCCUGAAGGUUGUUGAGGAAACAGUGCGACAACCCGAAGACAUCCUCAUCGUCUGGAAACACGAAUGCAUUCGUGUGAUAGCGGACAGAUUUACGAGUGAGGCGGACAAAACAUGGUUCCAAGAGGCCUGCCAACAAGUGGCUGGAGAAGAUCUUGAUGAGGACCUAGCAUGUGUCGUCAAAAAUGACCACUACUUCGUGGACUUCCUCCGCGACGCCCCUGAGCCGACCGGCGAAGAGCCAGAUGACUUUGAAUUUGAGGUGCCCCACGUCUAUGAGCCCAUCGAAAGCUUCGACGCCCUAGAGAAACGGCUUCGCAUGUUUCAAGACCAGUACAAUGAGGCAAUUCGUGGAGCGGCCAUGGACAUGGUGUUCUUUGUGGACGCCAUGGUGCAUUUGGUAAAGAUCUCGCGUGUGCUGCGCACUCCCAGAGGCAACGUCUUGCUCGUGGGAGUGGGAGGCAGUGGCAAACAAUCGCUCACGCGCCUGGCGUCGUUCAUUGCGGGCUAUCAGACCUUCCAGAUCACACUGACCAGAGCGUACAGUGCUAGCAACCUGAUGGAUGACCUGAAAAUUCUUUACCGGGUAGCAGGCAAAGAUGGCAAAGGCAUCACGUUCGUCUUUACCGACAACGAGAUAAAGGAAGAGAGUUUCCUCGAGUAUCUCAAUAACAUGAUAAGCACGGGAGAAAUAUCAAAUUUAUUUGCUCGAGACGAAAUGGACGAAAUCACCAACGAGCUAAUCCCAGUGAUGAAAAAGGAAGAGCCACGCACGCCACCCACGCCCGACAACCUGUACAAUUUCUUUAUAUCGCGAGCCAGGAGCAACAUCCACGUGUGCCUGUGCUUCUCGCCGGUGGGCGAGAAGUUCCGCUCCCGGGCCCUCAAGUUCCCCGGCCUAAUCUCCGGCUGCACCAUGGACUGGUUUUCGCGAUGGCCUCCGGACGCCCUGGUGGCCGUCUCGCACCAUUUCAUCUCCGGCCACGACAUAGUCUGCACCGACGAGGUCAAGGACGAACUCAUCAAGAGCAUGGGAUUCGUGCACGACGGCGUGGCCAAGCUGUGCACGCAGUAUUUCGAGCGCUUCCGGCGGCAGACCCACGUAACGCCGAAGUCCUAUCUGUCCUUCCUGGACGGGUACAAGGCCAUAUACACGCAGAAGCACGAGGAAAUCAACGAGCUGGCGCGACGCAUGAACAUGGGCCUCACCAAGCUAGUGGAGGCCACGGCCAGCGUUAACGAGCUGGCCGUGGAGCUGGAGAAGAUGACCCAGACGCUGGCCGUCGCCUCGGCCGAGGCCGAGCAAGUGCUGGCCGAGGUGACCCAAUCGGCCAGCGCAGCCGAAAAGGUCAAGGCCGAAGUGCAGGUGGUCAAGGACGGCGCCGAGGCGUUGGUGUCCAGCAUCGCCGUCUCCAAGGGCAUCGCCGAGGAGAAGCUGGAGGCAGCGCGGCCGGCCCUGGAGGACGCCGAGAGGGCGCUGGACACCAUCACCGGCGCCGAUAUAUCGACCGUACGAAAACUGGGCAAGCCGCCCCAUCUGAUCAUGCGCAUCAUGGACUGCGCUCUGCUUCUGUUCCAAAGGCACCUGGAUCCUGUGACGCCCGACCCGGACCGGCCGUGCCUCAAGCCGUCGUGGGGCGACGCUCUGAAGCUCAUGUCAAACACGCAGUUCCUGCAGAUGUUGAAGAACUUCCCCAAGGACACAAUCAAUGACGAAGUAUGCGAGCUAAUGGAGCCCUAUUUCGCCAUGGAGGAUUACACGCUCGAGAGCGCCAAAAAAGUAUGUGGAAAUGUGGCCGGUCUUCUGUCCUGGACGUUGGCCAUGAGUGUCUUCUUUGGCAUUAACAAGGAGGUUCUGCCGCUGAAGGCCAUGCUGGCUGUCGAGGAAGGUAAACUUGCCGCGGCGAACGCAGAACUAGCCGAGGCUCAAACGCUGCUCGAUGCUAAGCAAAAGGAGCUCGAUGAAGUGCAGGCCAAAUUUGACGUGGCGAUGGCCGCCAAACAGAAACUUGAAGAUGACGCCAAUCGGUGCCAGCGUAAAAUGGACAACGCGUCAACCCUUAUCAAUGGUUUGUCGGGAGAAAAAGUCCGGUGGACAGCACAGUCGGAGGCGUUCAAGCAGCAGACAGAAUGGCUGGUGGGUGAUGUAUUAAUGCUGACUGGCUUCCUCAGCUAUGCUGGUCCCUUCAACCAGGAGUUCAGGACGCUGUUAAUCAAGCAGUGGGAAAAGGAGCUCAAGACCCGGCGCAUUCCGUGCUCUGAAGACCUUAGCAUCAUAGGCCAGCUGUCCGAUCCGCCCACGGUGGCGGAGUGGAACUUGCAAGGUCUGCCCAACGACGAUCUUUCCACACAGAACGGCAUCAUCGUGACAAAAGCGUCCCGGUUUCCGCUUCUGAUAGACCCGCAGAGCCAGGGAAAGGUCUGGGUGAAGAACAAAGAGAAAGACAACGAACUGAUUGUAACUUUUCUGAAUCACAAAUACUUCCGAAACCAUCUGGAGGACGCGCUCUCUCUGGGAAAGCCGAUGAUCAUUGAAGACGUCGGGGAAGAACUCGACCCAGCGCUAGAUAACGUGCUGGAAAAGAACUUCAUCAAGUCUGGUACCAGCCUGAAGGUAAAGUUGGGAGACAAAGAGGUGGAUUUCAUGAAAGGUUUUCGGUUAUACAUCACCACCAAGUUGGGCAACCCCACCUACUCGCCGGAAGUCUCGGCUAGGGCUUCCAUUAUUGACUUCACAGUGACCAUGAAAGGACUGGAAGACCAGCUUCUCGGGCGAGUCAUUGGCACUGAAAAGCAGGAACUGGAGCGUGAGCGCACCAAAUUGGUGGAAGACGUCACCGACAACAAGCGUAAAAUUAAAGAACUAGAGGACAACUUGCUCUACAAGCUAACCAGCACGCAGGGUUCCCUGGUGGAAGACGAGUCCUUGAUCGCCGUCCUGGCAAACACAAAGGAAACCGCCGCCGACGUGCAUGAAAAGCUGAAGGUGGCCGCCGAGACGGAGCUGAAAAUAAACGAGGCUCGAGAAGAGUUCAGGCCCGUGGCCACCCGAGGCAGUAUUCUGUACUUCCACAUCUGCGAAAUGGCCAUGGUGAAUAGCAUGUAUCAGACAUCGCUAGUUCAAUUCCUUGGAAUAUUCGACAGGUCCAUGACUGAGUCUGAGAAGUCACCCAUCCCCCAAAGACGGAUCGGCAACAUCAUCGAGUACUUGAACUUUGCCUCCUUCCAGUACACAUGCCGCGGUCUGUACGAGUGUGACAAGUUCCUCUUCACGCUGCUGAUGGCGCUGAAGGUCGACCUGAACCGCCGCAUCGUCAAAUACGAGGAAUUCCAGGUGCUGAUCAAGGGCGGCGCGGCGCUCGACCUGAACAACGUCACACCGAAGCCGUGCCGCUGGAUCAGCGACCUCACCUGGCUGAACCUCGUCGAGCUGUCCAAGCUGCCCUACUUCCACGAGAUCCUGAACCAGGUGCCGCACAACGAGAAGACGUGGCGCGCCUGGUUCGAAAAGGAGGCGCCCGAGGAGGAGGUGAUCCCGGACGGCUACCACACCUCGCUGGACACGUUCCGCCGGCUGCUGCUGAUCCGCUCCUGGUGUCCGGACCGCACCAUCGCGCAGGCGCGCAAAUACGUCGCCGAGUCUCUUGGAGCGCGGUACACCGAGCCCAUCAUCCUUAACCUAGAGAUGACGUGGAAUGAAUCGUCCAACCGCAUUCCACUGGUCAACCUGCUCAGCACCGGCUCGGAUCCGACGCCCAUGAUCGAGGCGCUCGCCAAGAAGCAGGGCAUUGCCUGCUCGGCCGUCUCGAUGGGUCAGGGUCAGGAGAUACACGCGCGCCGUAUCAUGACCGAGUACAUCGCCGACGGCGGCUGGGUGCUGCUGCAGAACUGCCAUCUCUGCCUGGACUUUGUGUCCGAGGUGGUGACGACGCUGAUCGAGACGGAGGGCAUGGACGACCGGUUCCGCAUGUGGAUCACCACGGAGCCCCAUCCGAAGUUCCCCAUCUCGCUGCUGCAGAUGGCCAUCAAGUUCACCAACGAGCCGCCGCAGGGCAUAAAGGCUGGCCUGCAGCGCACCUACCACGGCAUCUCGCAGGAGCUGCUGGACUACACCAACUACCCGCAGUGGCGGCCAAUGCUCUACGGAGUCUCCUUCCUGCACACUAUCGUGCAGGAGCGCCGGAAGUUCGGUCCCCUCGGCUGGAACAUCCCGUACGAGUUCAACCAGGCCGACUGGUCGGCGUCCGUGCAGUUCGUGCAGAACCACCUGGACGACAUCGACCCGAAGAAGGGCGUGAGCUGGAUCACGGUCCGCUACAUGCUCGGAGAGGUGCAGUACGGCGGGCGAGUCACCGACGACUUUGACAAGCGCCUGCUGGUCACCUUCGCCAAGGUGUGGUUUUCCGACGCCAUGUUCAACGAACAGUUCUGCUUCUACCAGGGCUACGGCAUCCCGCGUUCGGCCAAGCACUCGGAGGUGAUGGCCUUCAUUGACGACCUGCCGGCCGUGGACGCUCCGCAGGCAUACGGCCUGAACACCAACGCCGAUAUCACAUACCAGACCAACACAACAAAGGCGCUGCUGGACACCAUCCUGGCCAUCCAGCCCAAGGAGUCGAGCGCCGGCGGUGGGGAGACACGAGAGUCGAUCGUCUACCGGCAGGCGGAUGAGAUGCUCAGCAAGAUGCCCGACGACUACGUGCCUCACGAGGUAAAGGCACGUCUGCAGACAAUGGGCGCGCUGACGCCCAUGAAUAUCUUCCUCAGGCAGGAGCUCGACCGCAUGCAGAAGGUGAUCACUGCGGUUCGGAAGACGCUGUCUGAUCUUAAGCUGGCCAUCGACGGCACCAUCAUCAUGAACGAGAACCUGCGCGACGCGCUCGACAACAUCUUCGACGCCAAGGUGCCGGCGCUCUGGAACCGGAUCAGCUGGCAGUCGACCACCAUCGGCUUCUGGUUCACCGAGCUGCUCGAGCGCAACAACCAGUUCAAUACGUGGAUCUUCCAAGGCCGGCCGAACGUGUUCUGGAUGACGGGCUUCUUCAACCCGCAAGGCUUCCUGACGGCCAUGCGACAAGAGGUGACGCGCGCGCACAAGGGCUGGUCCCUGGACAGCGUCGUGCUCGCUAACGAGGUGCUCAAGGUUCACAAGGAGGACGUGGACACCGUGCCCCCCGAGGGCGUGCUGGUGCACGGGCUGUUCCUGGACGGCGCCGGCUGGGACAAGAAAAACUGUCGCCUGGCCGAGUCGCAGCCCAAGGUGCUGUUCGUCAAGCUGCCCGUGGUGCACAUAUUCGCUGUCAACAACCCGUCCGGCCGCGAGUCCAAGCUGUACAAGUGCCCCGUGUACAAGAAGCCCAACCGCACCGACCUCAACUACAUCACGCUGCUCACGCUGCGCACCGUCCAGACGCCCGAUCACUGGGUGCUGCGCGGCGUGGCCCUCCUAUGUGACGUCAAGUAGACCCCGCCGACCCCGCCCAGCGCAGCCGGGGAUGAAGCGCUGGGAGGAGAUGGUCAGAUUUCCCCUCCCCCCGCCCCAUCGGUCCGUUAAUCGACACAAAAUGUUGCGUUCAGUGCGUCCUCGUGAAUGACGUCAUCUUUCCUGGUACCGUUGUUGACUGCCGACAGCUGUUUGGAUGGUAAUUUAAUUUAUUUUGGGGAGGGGGAUCCCAUCGUUUUCUUUGUAUCUGCAUUCGCAUUCUCUGCAGGAUGAAAUACAGAGCUUGCGAACGCAAAUGA